AUGUCCGCUAGAGGGAUAAGACGGAAGAAAUCGUCGCUGUCUGAAGUGAAAGUCGCUGUGAUCGGUGCGCCAUCUGUCGGGAAAAGCGCUCUUACAGUCCGGUUUUUGACGAAGAGGUACAUCGGCGAGUACGACCAUCAACAAGAUAGCAAAUAUAAGCAUGAAGCUUUGUUGGACGGCGAGCCGAUAUUGUUCGAAAUUCUGGAUACGUGCCCUAAGAGUCUAGAUGAGUUGCCAGGUAAUGAGAUAGCCCAGUGGGCGGAUGGUCUGUUCCUGGUGUACUCGAUCACAGACAGAGAAUCCUUCAACUAUGUCCGUCGAGCAAAGCAGAGCCUACAGCCAGAAAUACCACUCGCACUAGUCGGCAAUAAAGCCGAUAUGGUACACCUGAGACAGGUGAGUCCAGAAGAGGGCGAGAUCCUUGCGAAGGACUUCGAGUGCAGUUUCGCUGAAGUAGCGGCUGCUGAACAAGUAAACCAAGUUGGGGAGGUAUUCCACGAACUUUGCCGAGAGGUCUUAACACAUAGGCGGAGAGCCAAACAUAGUUUACUGGACAGAAUGCUAGGCUCUAAAACAGCGUAUAGGGUAUAUUCUAGAGGAAAAAGCGACAGUGCAUUACCUAAAGACUAG